AUGAGGCGUGCGCCCGCGGCAGAGCGUCUCGGAGCUGGGCUUUCCCCGCGGGGCGGGCGCCAAGAGCCGCCUUUUCCGCUGGGUGUCACUCGGGGGUGGGGAAGAUGGCCCAUUCAAAAGCGCCGCGAGGGGGCCCGGCCAGUGCCCUUCAGUGAGCGCUCGCAAGAGGACGGCCGAGGCCCGGCGGCUCGCAGCUCCGGGACCUGGUGGAGCAUCAGGACGCGGCUGCCCCUCUGCCCGAACCCCGAGCCCCAGCCCCAGCCCCAGCUCAUCCAACCACAUUCCCAAUCCCAGCCGCAGCCUCAACCCAAGCCUCAACCCCAACCCAAGCCGCAGCCCCAACAGCUCCACCCGUAUCCGCAUCCACACUCGCAUCCGCACCAGCACCCGCAUCAGCUACCGCACCCGCACCAACAGCCGCUCUCGCAGCCGCACGGCCACCGGCUUCUCCGCAGCACCUCCAACUCCGCCUGAGGGGGCAAGCACCCCGGGCAAGACUGAGGUAAGGGCCCCGGCAACUCCCGGCUCCCCGAGGGCCGUGCGAGGAUUGGGUCUCGGGCCGUUAGAAGGAGUUUGGAAGUGUGUUCACGGGUUUGGCUCUUGGGUGGAAAAAUGAGAAGUUCUUUCAAGUUUCUGGGUAGGUGGAAAGAAGCGAAGCAGGCUAGAGCCAGGAGAAGCCGGGCAGAGAGGGGAGCGCGGGGGACUCGGGCCAGGCGGGGAGGCCCGCUGAGCGCCACCUGCCCACCCACCCUGCCCGCACGCGUUCAGCGGGGUGCGCCCAGCCGCACCGCUGGCUCUUGCCGUGUCUGGCACUGGAGGGAGCGACCCCGGGGUCCUAGCGAGCACGCUCUGUCCGUCUGACCGCCCGGAGAGAACUGGGUCUUGGAGGAACCUGAGCCACCUACUUCAUUCGGUGUCCUUUCUUUCCAGGUUUUGAGGACUCGAGGAAGUGGGACGAGAGCACCUUUCUGUUGUCUUCGUUUGGAUGGAAAACAAGUGUCCCUGCUCUGCACCAGACCAAGUAGUUUGGACAUCAGCCGACCGAUAACUUGCAAUUCCUCUUAGUUUUCUGCAUACUUUUCCUCAUCACAAUGCAGGAAACGAUUUCAAGGCUAGAAGGCUUUAUUUAUGAACCUUUGAAAGGAUCUCCCAGUAAGGUGGACCUUCUAGGAGCGAAGAUGUACUGUAAUUUUAUUUUAAUGUAUUUUGAUUUAUGAUUAUUUAUUAGUUUUUUAAAAAAAAUAUUUGUUCUAAGACAUUUCUGAAUGUAGGCCGUUUUCCAGAAAAGGAACUUUAUUUUCAAAAACCUAUUUCCUAGUACGUUCUAAUCUUGGAAAGGAAAAAAGGAAGGUGUAGGGGAAAACAUUAAGACUUCAUUCAUUCAUUAUUCCUAGGUCAAUUUCAGAACCCGGACACACUCAUUGUUAUGCCACGUGGCUGAAAUUAAACUCUGUGAUAUAA